CACAGCAGUGGAUAUUGUUGUGUCUUACUAAGAUCAAUUCUCUGAAGAAGAAGGACACCACAAAGAAUUCCAACAUAAAAAGGAUGGCCUGUACCUUGUGCAUCUUGGCACUUUUGUGUUUUGCAGCAUGUGCUGUGGCAGAUGGUGAGCCAGAGCAGAGACCAGAAGACCUCCAACUACAGCAAGACACAUUGUCAUGGCUCGACAAAUUACAGGACAAACAAGAAUCAGCACAGAAACAGACCUGGAUGGACUUUCUUAACAAACUUAACAAAUUCCUCCAAGGACCCACAGACACAGUGAAACAGGAGACGAAGAGACGUGGACUGGCAGCUCGGCCCCGCAGACCUGGCUGCAGAUUUUUCUUCUGGAAAUCCUUCACCUCCUGCUAACCUUGUUUUCAAUGAAACGUCGGACUGUCAAACCGGGGAAAUGGAAGCUGUAAUUCUAAUUUCUUUUAAUAACUAACACAGCCGUAUCGUGUUUAUGUUGACAAACCCUUUAAUCUAUUGUCCCUUUUGUGUCCACUUAAAAUCAUUCCCAACUGCAUUUGUUUUGAAAUAUCCAAAGAGAAAAUAUGUUUUUCCUGCUCACAAAAGUGCCCUUUGUGGAAAUUUCAAGUCAUAUUUUUCAGAAAAUGAUAUGGUAGCUUUAUUAAACUUCCACCUUAGUAUUAGACUGACUGAGAAUGUAACAAUAGUUAAAACAUUUUUGUUAUCUAUGUAUGAUAAUGGCUACUCCUCAGUUCUGGAAAAUCAUUACAAGUUCCCAACAUCUGUUUCUGUUUAAAAGCACUCUAGAGACUUCUCAUUAACUUGCACAAUGGUUGACCCUCUCUAUCCUUUCUGCAUUAUUUACACUAUACCCGACAGUCUGGAUGAGGUGUACACAAAGAAGUUGGCCCUGAAUAUUUAAUGAUUGGUAAAUGAACAGUUACAGUGUGAAAGCUGCAGCCAAACCCUCCUCAUUCUUCCUGUCAGAGAGAUGUAGAUAAAAGAGCCAAAGAGAGCUGAAAACUCUGCAGGCUUCUUUGGAGGCCAGCUGUGCUCCACUGGCCUGCAGAAAGAGGAGAGUGAUUAUGCUUUUGAUAUAUUUCAAAUCAAUCAAGCUCCCCACAUUCAUUCAUCAAACACAUCAAAGUGCUCCAUUCUAUAUCCUCUUAGCCACGUUAUUUAAUUCCAGCAGAGGAGGCUGUCCUUCUCUUUGUUAAAUCCAAGAUAGACUUUGAAUGUAAUUAAUGUCUGCAGCAUGUUUGA